UACAGUUUCCCUCCAUCCAUGCAUGUUCUUUCGAACGAAAGCGCAGUUUGCAUUCAACAUCAACAGUUUAAAGAAUAUCUUUUGCAAAUGUAGUGCAAGCUUUAUAGUGAAUACCACGAGCAUUGGAGUUUUGUAAAUGAGUUCGUUUACGCUUUUCGAUACGGUGGAUUCGCUCUUCGCAAGAAUCAACCAGUCGGUGCGCGCCAACCAACAACAAGCCGGUCUGGAAUCAGCUGAUCUCGAUAAAACACACCUGCUGGAGCUGGAAUCUCUGUUCGGGCAGGCGCUACUGUCUCGCGCAAUCGGCAUCGUGUACGGCAAGCAACCCAUCACCGCCUACUGCACAACGGACGACAGUCAGUGUGGUUUGCUCGAGGUGCCAGGAUCAAAGUACGGAACAGUGUACAAAGUGUUCCCGGGCAUCAAUUUCUGUGCCUGCGAAUCGUUUCGCGACUGGCUGUUGAAGCAACGACGCCAACCCACGUGCAAGCACGUACUAGCUGCCCGGCUGGCACUAAUAUUGAGUAGGAAAAAGGACGUUCCACUUGCCUGUGACAGUUUGCACCAGCUAAAACAACAAUUUGUGGACGAUUGCUUGAGUUUGGGUGGUGCAGGUGGAAGCGCCGUAGCGCAUCAGCAACCAGCAUCAAUCUCCUGCAACAACAACGCCGUAUAG